AUGAGUACCACAGCAAAGAACGCGCCGGUUAGGACAUCAUUCCCUCCAAACCAAACCCUUUAUAUCACCAAUCUACCUUCGUCGAAGAUUCAAAAGGAUGAUUUACGACGAGAGCUUUACACAUUAUGCUCUACCUAUGGGCCAGUUCUUGAUGUGGUAGCUCUCAAGUCAAUGAAGAUGAGGGGCCAAGCACAUGUGGUAUACCGAGAUAUUCAGACUGCGACACAAGCUAUGAGAGCAUUACAAGGAUUUGACUUUCUCGGUCGUGAAAUGAAAAUUCAAUACGCCAAAUCAAAGUCUGACACCAUAUCUAAAUUGGACGGUACUUUCUAUAUGCCUUCUGCUGCAGCGGGUGUUGUGACGGCCACAGAAUUGCAGCAAAGCAUUUUUAAUAUGCCGCCCUCAGCAGCCACUACGAUUACCAAUUUACCCCCUCAACCACCACCAUCAACUCUCCAAGUCCCAGCUCCCGCCUCUGAUCAUGAUAUGGCAGAUGCAACAAGCCCAGGUGCAAGUGUUGCUGGACAGAAAAGACGACGGGAUGAAGAGGAGGAAGAGGACAGUGAAGGAGAUGUUGCAAUGGAGGAAGACAGCGAUGACGAUUAG